CCUCUGAUCUCUCUUCCUCACUUCUCAGAUUAGCCUUUGUUUUGUUAUAUUGAUUUGGCUGUUAUGUCCAACGAUCUCUUGCCUCAGCCUUGUAUGCAAAUGGGUCAAUUUAUUAAUGUUGAUACUACUCCAGACUUGAUUUCUAAUCAGGAAAUGAGAUUGUUACAACCCAUCUGUAGUCAGAUCUCUGGGAGGCAGGAUUUUCAUGUAAUGGUACCUAGUGCUGUUCGUUUAGGAUCAGUUAAUAUGGAUACAACUCUGUUACCCGGCAAGCGGAAAUCUCCGUUGCAGCAAUCUGUGCAAAAUAAACGGAUGGUACUACCUAUGGAACAUAGACCAUGGGCGUCUGCUCCAAUGCCGGUGCAGUUAACUUCUGUUUCCCCCAGGACACAGUAUUUGCCUGUAUCAUUUGUUAGUAGGAAUAGUUCUGUUUCUUGUAAUAAACCCGGGAAGCAAACUGCGGCGAGAAAACAGACUUCGCAGAAACCGAUGUUGCUGAAAUCUCAGAGUGAGUCAGCUGGAUCUGUUAGGUUUAAAAUGAGAGAAUCUUUAGCUGGUGCAUUGGCAAUGGUACAGUGUCAUAUGGAAGUUCCUAAAGAGUCGAAAAGUUUAGAUAGUGAGACUGUAGCUAAUCUUCUCGAAGGUCAUGUUAGUGAGCCAGUGUCAGCUCUUUCUGGAGUUGAUGUGAUGGUAUCUAAUGGGAGCACAGAGAUUCUGACCCUCAGUGAUCCUAGUACUUUAGUAGGUGUCUCUGUUCAGUCUGUGUUACCGGAGAUUUUGACUAUCACCAAGACAAGUGAUGCCCAAGAAAUUGUUGCACAAGAACCUGAGGCUUUAAAACCAUUUGUGCAAGACAAUGUUUCAUAUAGUGACAAUGUGUUUUCAAAAGAUGAUCUUUUGCAAGGGAAUGACCUCUCUUGGGCUCUUGAGUCGGAUAUUGAUUUUACUGUCAAUUGUCAAAAUGAUAUGAUUGGAGCAAUGGCUAAUGAUGGGAGCCAGGAGAAAUUGUUACUGGAUCCACAAGUUUUGGCAUUCGAAAUAGAGGCAGAACUGUUUAAGUUAUUUGGUGGUGUGAAUAAGAAAUAUAAAGAGAAAGGAAGGUCUCUCUUGUUCAAUUUGAAAGACAAAAGUAAUCCUAAACUCAGGGAAAAGGUUAUGUAUGGAGAAAUUGCAGCAGAGCGAUUGUGUUCCAUGUCAGCAGAAGAACUUGCUUCAAAGGAACUAGCCGAGUGGCGACAAGCAAAAGCAGAAGAGAUGGCUCAGAUGGUUUUUCUGCAGGACACAGAGGUGGAUAUCAGAAGCCUGGUAAGGAAAACACACAAAGGAGAGUUCCAAGUGGAAGUUGAACCUAUGGAUAGUGGCUCAGUAGAGGUCUCUGUUGGAAUGAGUUCACUCAAUUGGUCUCGGCCAAAGAAUAUUAAGAAGAAAACCCCUUCCAUCACUAAAGCACAUGGAAUCAAGAAUGAAUUGAACGGCUCCAAUGAGGGCACUGGGCCAAUAAACGGAGUCACAAUAGAUGAUGAGAUGCAGACUGCCACUGGAUCUCUUCCUACAAUUGUUUCUCUUGAUGAAUUCAUGUCAUCCAUAGAUUCUGAAUCUCCGUCUGUGUCAGAUAAUAAUGAUGUAGAGGCGCAUUUAGUUUGUAUAUCACCCAAAGAAAAUGCUAAUAUUGAUCUUGGUACAUCACCAGUUAAGGCUGAGGCAUUUUCACCACUUAAGGCUGAGGAUGGUGACACAGUAUCGUUAAAGCCUGAUUCUGAUUUGAAAUCUGAAAUUAUAUCUGGUUUCAUACCCGAUGGUGAACGUGUAUGGGAAGGUGCGCUCCAGCUGAGUGCUUCUACUGUGAGCUCUGUCAUCGGCAUUCUAAGAAGUGGCGAAAAGACUACUACUAAAGAGUGGCCUAUGUUGCUUGAGAUCAAGGGUAGAGUCAGAUUAGAUGCAUUUGAGAAGUUUGUUCGAGAGCUCCCAAAUUCCAGGAGCCGUGCUGUUAUGAACUGGCAUGAUGAGAUUCCAGUAGAGGAUCAAGGAAGACAUGAGACUUGUUGGAAAGUGACCAGUAUUGCAAAUAUCAGUGAUGCUAGGUUUAUUCAUAAAAUCGAUCCUGAAUACACACGGUAUUCAGGUCAAUUUCUGAUGGAGUUUGCUAACAAGGCCAAAUCACAGAGAAGAUUUAAAGAUAGUGAAGGUGCUCAUUACUGUUAUGGUUAUUCAUCCUAUUCAGCUAUGGUAUUUGCAAUGAAUAACGGAAUUCCAGUAGAAGCUGAUUGGGAAGGUAUUGGAUGCCCCAUCGAUCAUAUGUCUGUGGAACAAUAUAGUAACGAACUUUUUGUCUCUCGGGAACUCGAUGAAGUUAAGGUAUGCAAGCAUGUGUUGAAUGAUGUUCGAUUAUUUUCGGACAUCAACCUUGCAGUAAAGUACCUAAAAAUCCAACCCCUAAUCGGGUCAAUUGCUGUAUUCACCCCGGACUUCGGUCAGAUUGAAGAUAAAAUUUACCGUGGGCCUACAAGGGAUGAUUCCAUGUUCAAAAGAUGGCAUUCCGUCUCCAUUCGUUCGAUAACAUUUGUGAAUGGGGAAGCAAUUGCAGAGUGUAAAAACUCUCAUGGUCUUGAGAGAGGAAAUCAGGGUUAUUUUAAGGCAUCCCUGGAUGUUAUGAUAAGUGACGUAUAUUCAAACGGAUCGUUUAAAUCUCCAAGUAGAUUAUUCAGGAGUUUUGUCUAUGGUGAGGUUAGGAAAGAAUAUGAGGGUAUAGAAGAAGUUAUUGGAACCCCGAUAGACCGAGCUCUAUUUAAAUGGGCUAUAGAGCUACAAGCGAAGAUGAAUAUCACUUAUAACAAGUCUGACUCUAUCACGUUAAAAGGUCCAUGUGAUAAAUGCCUUCCGCGUAAGAAAGGGGUUAAAUCAGCGCCGAAAGUUGAAGCCAAAGGCACUGCAGUAGAGGGUAAAAUUCCCUCUCUAAAUGGGGUACGCAUCCAUUGGAAAGGCAAACCUGAAUUCAUUCUAGAAAAAUGUCUUCUCGAUGGUGCUGGAAAGGAAAGAAUACUUGAAGCUAUCAAGAAAAUGGCUGCAAAGAAUUUAAUCUGUAUUGCUAUUUGCACUAAUUCGGAGAUGAAUCAGCUUGUUCCAGAUGAAGAUAAUCGCAAACAGUGGAAAUUAACAUGUGAUCGUCUUGAUUUGUUGGCUGUAUUUGGUAUUCAGAGUCCACGUAUCUUACCUAAAGAUGCUCUUGAAAAGCAGGCUCCCUUGGAUUUCGACGAAGGAGAUGAUGAUCCCAGUUUGGAUUAUUUGGUUGAUUUGGUUGAUAGCACAAUAUGUCCAUCAAUUUCAAGCUUCGAAGGGAAUAUGGAGGGGACGCCACAGGUUGAGGAUGAGCUUUUUGAUCUGGAUUGGUCUUCCUAUCCGCCUACACUAGUUAAGUCUACUUGGCAAUAUGAUUAUGAAAUAGCCCUUUUUGCUAGGAUUGGACUCCACUGCCACAAUUUUCAGAAGGGAACAAACUAUAAGUUUAAACGCUUGGAAAAGUGUGGUACUCACUCGACUAGAUACGAGGACUACUACAUAACUUUCGAGGCAACGGAUCCGACCAGCAGCUCGGUCUUCUCUUUUCAGACCAUGUUAGGCAAUGAUUAUAAGAAUCUUACUUGGGGUAUCGGUCUUACGUUGGCGAGCUUAGCCGCCAGAAUCAAAGCAACACAUGGUACCGAGAGUGUGGAUGAAGUUUGGGACAUGGCUGCAAUAGAUGAUUCCUACAAAGGUCCGAUGCCCAAAUGGUUUUCCGAUGAGGCCUUGGUCCGUGACGAUAAAAAGUUUUACGUGGUGCAAGAAUCAGAGCUGCAUGAGAAUGACUGGCUGCAACUGCUCAUGGAAGUCGCCUUCUACUCCAAAACAGAGAGUGGUGUAAGCGCUUGCAAACCCUUGGAGAUCAAGAAGGUUGUUGUAGAAACUUUAGAAGAAUACACAACAGAGGCUCGUGAGAAGCUCAAGGCAGAUAAUGCAAUCUUCUACAUAAGUUACAAGUGUAUUGCUGAUCCUUCAACACCCUGGGCUGGUGAGCACGACGCUAUAAUAAGGAAAACCAUGGAUGGGAAACCAGGGCACAUGAGCCUUGAAGUUGCUGUCACUAAGGAACAAAUAGAAGACAGAGAGACAUGAGGAUCUUGUCUGCUAUAUAAUCUAUCAGCUGCUAUCUAUUGGAAACUUUUUAUCAUGUUAGUGUUUAUUAUCUAUGCACGGAUGUUGUGUGUCUUUGCUUGUGUUUAUGUCUUCGACUCUUUGGACUAGAACGGAGUGGGGUCUAUGUUUA